AUGAAACGCGAUGACUCGAACAAAAGCUUUACAAAAUAUUCGUCACAGCGGCGCUUGAGUGGUGGACAGACGUCCUAUGCAUUGGGCGGAUGGCGUCAGAAUUCCCUUACUAUAAGCACAUUAGCGCAGAACUCUGCUUAUUUAGCUGACAAACUUUUACACGAAGAAAAAGAAGAAAAGGCAAGAAGUGAACCAGUAUCAUGGUAUCAAUUAUAUAGGUAUGCCACGCCGUGUGAGCUAUUCUUACUGCUGAUUGGUGUAUUUUUUGCCUGCAUAAAUGGCUUGUUCGUGCCGCUGGGUGUUAUCAUUUAUGGCGAGUUUACGGCGCUACUCAUCGACCGGACCGUCAUGAACGGCACUUCGACGGAAACGUUAACCAUUGUUCUAUUCGGUGGAGGCAAAAUACUUACAAAUGCAACACGAGAAGAAAAUAGAGUCGCUUUAAUUGAAGACUCUCAAGCUUUCGGAAUCGGUUGCACCGUGUUUUCCAUAGGACAGUUCAUAGUUGGUCUCAUCAGUGUGGAUAUCUUCAAUCAUGUGGCGCUCAAUCAGGUGGACAGGCUAAAGGCAAUGUUUCUCAGAUCGGUUCUCCGUCAGGACAUAUCGUGGUACGACUUGAACACCACAAUGAACUUCGCUACAAAAGUGUCGGAUGACAUCGAAAAGUUUCGGGAAGGUAUAGCGGAGAAAGUGCCGAUCUUCAUUUACCUAGUGAUGUCUUUCGUGACGUCAGUGAUCAUCUCCUUCAUUUACGGCUGGGAACUUACUCUGGUGCUUCUGUCUUGUACACCGGUGGUCAUCGCUACCACAGCCGUGGUUGCUAAGGUACAAUCUUCGUUGACAUCUCAAGAACUAAAGGCGUACAGUAUAGCAGGAGUCAUAGCUGAAGAAGUGCUCGCUUCGAUUAGAACAGUUGUCGCCUUUGGUGGAGAAAAAAAAGAAAUAGCAAGAUAUUCAGAGCGGUUAGAACCUGCUAAAAAGAUGGGCAUGAAAAAAGGUGCUUUUGCGGGCAUAGGCAGUGGUGUUAUGUGGUUCAUUAUUUACGCUACGUACGCCUUGGCCUUUUGGUAUGGUGUUGGCCUUAUUUUGGAUAGCAGAGGUGAAGAAAAACCUUUGUAUACUCCAGCUGUACUUAUGAUUGUCUUCUUCAGUGUAUUACAAGGAGCUCAAAAUGUAGGACUGACAGCUCCGCAUAUGGAAGCCAUUACAACGGCUAGAGCAUCAGCUGCGUCGGUAUACGCGGUUAUAAAUCGAAAACCAGAGAUAGACAUAUUUUCCGAUGAAGGCGAAAGACCAGAACUCAAAGGUGACAUCGCUUUCAAAGAUGUACACUUUCGAUAUCCUGCAAGAAAAGAUGUACUGGUGUUAAAUGGUUUAAGCUUGACCAUAGAAGAAAACCAGACAGUUGCCUUAGUGGGUCCAAGCGGUUGCGGUAAGUCAACUGUGCUGCAACUCAUUCAAAGAAUGUAUGACCCUGACUCCGGUAAGGUGAUGGCUUCAGGGAAUGACUUAAGGAAUAUGAACGUCAGGCACUACAGGAACCACAUCGCGGUUGUAGGCCAAGAGCCGGUGUUGUUUGCCGGAUCUAUAAAAGAGAAUAUCAGAAUGAGCAAUCCAGACGCGACUGACGCAGAAAUCAUCGAAGCGGCAAAGGCAGGACAUUGUCAUGACUUCAUCAAGAAAUUGCCUGAUGCGUACGAUACAAUGAUUGGAGAGAGAGGGGCUCAACUUUCUGGAGGACAAAAGCAACGCAUUGCUAUAGCGAGAGCGUUGGUAAGGAAGCCUAAGAUCCUGCUCCUUGAUGAGGCCACUUCGGCUCUCGAUUCCGCCAGCGAGGCCAAAGUACAAAAAGCCUUGGACGCAGCAGCGGCAGGAAGAACCACCAUUAUGGUGAGCCACAGGUUAUCAACAGUACUGAAUGCAGAUCGUAUAGUAUUUCUUGACAAAGGUGAAGUGGUUGAGGAGGGCACCUACAUAGAACUGAUUGCCAAAAAGGGUCGGUUCUACCAGCUCGCAGCGGAGAAUCAAGUCGAAACAGAAGAAAUCACAACACCAGCCUCUACUGACAAAGUACCAUCAAAACAUGCAAAAAUACAGAAACCGAAAAGAGUAAAAUCAAUAGACUCUAUAGAAAGUCACGAAUCAUCAGUUUCGUCAGUGUCGUCUGAUGGUUCGGUACAAGAAGAGGAGAAAGAGGAACCAGAAUACAACCCAACGACUUGGGAGAUCUUAAAGCUAUGUGCACCUGAGAAGUGGUUGAUGGUAGCUGGCGUGUUCGCAGCUGUAGCCGUCGGCUCUUCUUUUCCGACUUUCGCCAUUCUUUUUGGAGAGACAUACGGGUUCUUGGAAAGCCCUGACUCUGACUGGGUGCGAGGUCAAUCGAAUAUCAUCGCGAUCCUGUUCCUACUCGUAGGAGUUUACACUGGAAUUGGAAUAUUUUUUCAAAUAUUAAUAUUCAACAUCACGGGGGUGCGACUUACGGCCAGACUGAGGGUGGCAGCAUUCGAAACCAUGUUAAAGCAAGAGAUUGGUUGGUUUGAUGACCCUAAGAAUGGCGUUGGAGCUUUAACAGCAAGACUGGCGGCAGACGCGGCAGCUGUUCAAGGCGCGACGGGUACACGCAUUGGGGCUCUCAUGCAGGCUUCAGCCACGAUAGUGAUUGGCAUCAUCCUCUCGAUGUACUUCACGUGGAAGAUGACUCUGGUCUCCUUGAUUUCUGUGCCAAUGGUCAUCGGUAGUGUAGUAAUGGAAGGAAGAAUUCUAUCUGUCGGCCUGGCACUGGUUCGCGAAGCUUCGUACAAAGCUACCACUAUUGCCACUGAAGCCAUCUCCAAUAUUAAGACCGUUUGCGCUUUCUGUGGUGAAGAGGGUGUAAUGAAGCGCUACCAUGAUGCGUUCGUGGGCGGUCGUCUGGCGGCGCGCAAAAGUCUCCGUUGGCGUGGUUCUGUGUUCUCAUUCGGGCAGACUGCACCCGUUGCUGGGUAUGCCCUGUCUCUAUGGUACGGUGGGGUACUGGUCGCCGAUGGAGAGAUACACUACAAGAGCGUUAUUAAAGUAUCGGAAGCUCUUAUCUUUGGGGCUUGGAUGAUGGGACAAGCGUUAGCGUUCGCCCCUAACUUCGGCGCGGCUGUGAGCGCGGCUGGUCGUGUUAUGACGUUGCUGGCUCGCAAACCCCGCGUGGUUGACACUAAUGCACCUUGUGUGCCCAUAGAUUACGUGGCCAAGGGUAGAAUUGAGUACACUAACGUAAAGUUCCGUUACCCAACGCGACGAGAAGUAGAAGUGUUACGUGGUCUAUCAUUACUCAUUCCAUACGGCAAACGUGUGGCUUUCGUGGGACCCAGCGGCUGCGGGAAGUCCACUCUUAUACAACUUCUACAGCGACUUUACGACCCCGAUGAAGGCAUUGUGUAUUUGGACGACUACAAUAUAGUAUCGGAGAUGCGUCUGGCGACAUUGCGAGGGAACAUUGGUAUUGUAUCGCAAGAGCCGGUGCUUUUCGACCGAACCAUCGCUGAGAACAUUGCAUAUGGAGACAAUAGGCGCAAUGUCACUAUUGAAGAAAUUGUAUCCGCGGCCAAACAGGCCAACGUUCACGCUUUUAUAUCCGCAUUGCCAAACGGAUACAAUACACGCAUCGGCGCCCGCGCAUCUCAGCUAUCGGGGGGUCAGAAACAGCGUAUAGCAAUAGCGCGGGCACUCGUGCGCAACCCACGCGUGCUACUGUUGGACGAAGCAACGUCAGCUCUAGAUACACAUAGCGAAAAGAUAGUACAAGAAGCUCUGGACAGAGCCAGCGAAGGCCGCACGAGUCUCAUCAUAGCGCAUCGGCUAGCCACAAUACAAACGGCGGAUAUGAUUGUAGUUAUAACUAAGGGAGUGGUCGCCGAGAAAGGAACGCACAAAGAACUUAUAGCGAAGAAUGGCGUUUACGCAAGGCUUUAUGAACUGCAAUGCGGUAUACCAGAAGAAGUGGAUGAAGCGGCUGAAGAAGAGACGUUGUGA